AUGAGCUUCUGCAAGGACUGUAUUCAAGGCGUACGCCACGAGGGUGAGCCUCAAGGAACGCUUGAGAUCAUCGACGGUGUUACUUGCUACGUCGCCACCCCUACUGUUGACUAUCCCAAGGACAAAGUCAUCCUCUUCCUGCCGGAUGGUUUCGGUAUCGAGCUUGUCAAUCCCAAGCUCCUCGCUGAUGACUUUGCAACCAACGGCUUCAAGGUCAUCGCGGUCGACUACUUCAACGGCGAUAGUCUUCCCGCUGACAUCAUGAACUCUGGCUCGUUUAACCUAGAGGCAUGGUUGGCUAAACAUGGAAACGAGCAGACGCGCCCUUCCCUCGAUAAGGUCAUUGCCGUGCUCAAAGAGGAAGGUGUCACCAAGUUCGGGGCCACUGGCUACUGCUUCGGCGGUCGUUAUACUUUUGACCUUGCGUUCGACAACGUCAUCCAGUGCGCCGUGGUCUCCCACCCCUCGCUCUUGAAGGUCCCCAACGACCUCGAGACGUACUUUUCCAAAUCACAGGCGCCUCUCCUGAUCAACUCUUGUGAAGUCGAUCAGGCGUUCCCUACCGCAGCCCAAGCAAAGGCCGAUGAAAUCUUUGGCGAUGGGAAAUUUGCCCCAGGGUACAAGCGCGAGUACUUCCCUGGAUGCACGCACGGGUUUGCUGUACGUGGGGAUAUCAAAGACCCGCUGGUCAAAGCUGGGAAGGAGGGAUCGUUCAAGGCUGCUGUGGAGUUCUUCCUGGAGCACUUGUAA